AUAAGUAACAAGUAUCUGCGUAUAGUUUUGUGUAUUGAAUCGUGGGCUUCGUCGGGAAACAGGUGAGCUCGUCUCGGCGGUCACGCGUUCCGCAUCCAUCGAGCGAGACCCAUUCAGUGUCAUUUAAAACGCGAUCCGGAGAAGCUAGUCGUACGCGUUUGCGUUCGCGUUCACGAUUUUUGGGUGAUCGUGCAGUUUUCGAGUUUUUUGUUUUGAGCUAAAUUGGUGGAAAACCGAGUGACUUUACAGUGCAGUGCAGGCAAGAGUGCAACGUGUUGCUGAAGAAGACAUCUAGUCGAUCGUUCAUGUGCCAUCCAUAAUUCAUCGGAAUCAAUUCCCAAGAAAGCGAGCAGAGUGCACAGUUCCCUGUUCCCGUGACACGCCACCACCCGAGCCCCAUGACUGUCUUCAGGAUACGAUGGCUUCAGUGGCAGCUGAUGCCGAUACUGAUGUUGCUGAUGGCACUAUCGAUGCCAUCGGUUCAUGCCGCACCGAAGAGCGAUAAUUUCCGGUUGGUUAUCUUGCACAAUAAUGACAUGCACGCGCGCUUCGAACAGAUCGGUGCCUACGGGAACGACUGCCAGCCGGAGGACGUGGCCAACAACCGAUGCUACGGAGGGUUCGCCCGGGUGGCACACAAAGUUCGCGAAUUCCGUCAAACGGAAGCCAGCGGAGGAUUACCGGUAUUGUAUCUAAAUGCCGGAGAUAGCUACACUGGAACACCGUGGUUUACCGUGUUUAAAGACAACAUCACCGCCGCAUUCCUGAACAUAUUAAAGCCUGAUGCAAUUUCCCUCGGUAAUCACGAGUUCGACCUGGGCGUGGAAGGUCUGGUGCCGUUCCUGAACGAAGUAGACUUCCCAGUGUUGGCGGCCAACCUUGAUCUGUCCAACACGCCCAGCAUGCAGAGCACCAAAUCGCUACAGAACUCGAUCGUGUUCGUCAAGGAAGGCGUCAAGAUCGGCGUAAUCGGUUAUCUCACUCCGGAAACGAAACAGCUUGCACCGACCAACACGGUUCUGUACAAGGAUGAGAUUGAGGCUAUCAAUAAGGAGGCCACCGCACUGAAAGCUCAAGGAGUUAACAUUUUGAUAGCCCUGGGACAUAGUGGUUUGGAUCGGGAUAAGGAGAUUGCGGCAGGUUGCCCUGACAUCGAUCUCGUAAUCGGUGGGCAUUCGCAUACUUUCCUCUUCAGUGGAACACCGCCGGAUAUUGAUAAACCGGAAGGACCGUAUCCGGUCGAAAUUACCAAUUCUGCUGGUCAAAUCGUUCCGGUGGUUCAAGCGUACGCUUACACCAAAUAUUUGGGUCAUUUGAAUCUUGAGUUCGAUCCCAGCGGUAAACUGGUGUCCUACGAUGGCAAGCCCAUACUGUUGAACGGCGCUGUCGAACGAGCCUCCGAUGUUUUGGCAUUGUUAGACGUCUACCGACCAGGAAUCCUGACAUUAGAUAUAGUCAUAGGACAAACACUGGUGCUGCUAGAUGCCACAAGAUGUCGCUUUGAAGAGUGCAACAUUGGAAACUUGAUCGCCGAUUCGAUGGUUAUGACCCACGCAGCAUCUCGUGAAGAAAACUCCGAAUACUGGACGGAUGCGGCAAUUGCUUUCGUGCAAGGCGGAGGAAUCCGAGCGUCCAUCGAACCGGGAGCCGAUGGAAACAUCACCAAAAGGGAUUUACUGACGGUGCUUCCCUUCGGAAAUGCGAUCAUACUCGCGGAAGUUACCGGAGAAACUAUCCGGCAAAUGUUGGAACAUAGCGUGGUUCGAUACGAUGGUUCGCAAGGUUACGGCGAAUUUCUACAGAUGUCGGGAGUUCACGUCGUGUACGACCUGAGUAAGCCGCCUGGUCAACGAGUGGCGAGCGUGGAGGUUCGUUGUGCUAACUGCAAGACUCCAACUUUUGCCCCACUGUACGAUUACGAUCGGCACAAGAUCCUUGUUAGCCAGUUCCUGUGGGAAGGUGGUGACGGCUAUACGAUGUUUAGCGGUAGGAAUUUCCAGGUGCUUACCUGGGGGGACUUCGAAAUCACCGAGGAGUAUUUGAUGCAAUCCUCACCCGUAUACCCGGCUAUCGAGUGGAGAAUUACGAUGCAGGGACAGGUGAAUCCGGACCACACGGAAGCCACGACGAUCGGUCCGGGUACGACGACACCGGGCACAGACGGCGACGGUGGUGCUGCCGGAGAACUGAAAGCUACGAUGGCGGCUGUCGUAGUGCUUGCAUUUAUUAGCAUUUCUCGACGAAUGUUAUUCUGAUGUGUGUCUAAGUAUUGUUUAGAUGUUCCUACGUUUACGGCUGGAAAAUACUUAUUCUGAGACGCGGAAAGUAUUUCUAGAAAGUGUACAAAAUAAACAUAUUUGUUGU